GCGCUGCUGGGGGCCGGGCCGCGGUGGGCUGGCGCAUCCCGUCACUGGCCGCUGCCCCCUAUAUCAGCGGGGCCGGCGGGGCGGCAGCGGCAGAGCGUGUCUGUGACGCCCCCCGGCCGCUCGCCCUCCCUUCCCAACCAUGGAUGACAUCUAUAAGGCGGCGGUUGAGCAGCUGACAGAAGAACAAAAAAAUGAGUUUAAGGCUGCCUUCGACAUCUUCGUGCUGGGGGCAGAGGAUGGCUGCAUCAGCACCAAAGAGUUGGGGAAGGUGAUGAGGAUGUUGGGGCAGAACCCCACUCCCGAGGAGCUGCAGGAGAUGAUUGACGAGGUGGAUGAGGAUGGUAGCGGCACUGUGGACUUUGAUGAGUUCCUUGUUAUGAUGGUCCGGUGUAUGAAAGAUGACAGCAAAGGAAAAACUGAAGAGGAACUCUCAGAUCUUUUCAGGAUGUUUGAUAAGAAUGCUGAUGGCUACAUCGAUCUUGAGGAACUGAAGAUCAUGCUACAGGCAACUGGAGAGACGAUCACUGAGGAUGACAUAGAAGAACUGAUGAAAGAUGGGGACAAAAACAAUGAUGGCAGGAUUGACUAUGACGAGUUCCUGGAGUUCAUGAAGGGAGUUGAAUAAAUCUGAGGCCAGAUGGACAGCCCGAAUCUCUGAAACCCCUUCUGCUCUCUGACUCAGCUCCUCGGUUCCAUCCCCUGGCUGCCAGCAUGAAGACUGAGCGCUGAGAAGGGGUGGUCUUAGGGAAAAUAAAGCACAUUGCUAUCAA